ACAUACAAUAUCACGUGAGUUUGAGAUUCAAUAUCUGAGUAAAUACCUUCUUCAUUGUUUAGACUACACGAAACUUCCAAAUAAAAUUGAAUUUCUACUUGAAAUUAAUUCAAUUCAAAAACCGAACACUUUUCUUUUCAUUUUUUUCUUCAUCGAAAAUCAUGAAAAUGUGCAACAUAUUUUGCCGGUUUACAUGCAACCAUUUGGUCAACCCUGGAGUUGAGUGAUGCCAUUUGACGUCUUCAAGUUGGCACAUUGAUUACCAUUAGUUUUUUAAUUCUGUUUGUUGUUCCUUUGACUAAAUCACAUUCUCUGCGAUUGAUAAUAAAAAAAAAUUGUAUAUUCGCUUGCAUUGAGUGUAAAAUAUUAAGUGAUCAAUGGUUUAAAGUGCAAUCCGUCUCAUUGGCAUUCGUUAUUUGAUCGAGAAAAAAAACUCCGUGGCACAUCCACAAUUGGUGGAGAAGAACUCACAAUCAUCUUAAAAGCAUUUCGUUUUUCGUCCAUAGGCCGCCAUUUUUCUUUUGUCUUUUUCGCUGUAUGCAAAAUUUGCAAAUCAAACUCAGCGUGGGCACAAACGGGGGAAUCUAAAAUUUGUUUAACGUUGGCAUUGUGUGUGUGUGUGUGGAUUUGUCCAUUGAAUUUUGAACUAUCCAUUUGCAAGCCGAUUUUUUUCCGCUUAUUGUUGUUUUUUUUCUUUAAAUAAGUGCGUUCAGUUGGUUGCAUUGAGAGACGCAAUGGAGAGUCCGAACGGCGGUAAUUCAUCGUUGGGUGAUAUUGAAAAGCAACGAGACCGCGGCCGACGAGGGGAGCGCAGUACACGUUUUUCUGAUAACAAAGACAAUGAAUCGCGCGAUAGAAGCCGCGAUAAAAUGGGUGGCAAUGGCAAACGUGUGUACGUUUCAAAUAUUCCGUACGAAUACAGAUGGCAGGAUCUGAAAGAUUUGUUCCGGCGAAUGGUGGGCAAUGUUGAGUACGUUGAAAUGUUUACUGAUGAAAAUGGUAAAGCGCGCGGUGUUGGCAUUGUUGAAUUUAAAGAUCCGGAGAAUGUGGGCAAAGCGCUUGAAGUCAUGAAUCGUUAUGAUUUGAAUGGGCGUGAGUUGGUUGUCAAGGAGGAUCACGGCGAAGAACGCGAUAAAUUCGGGCGAAUUGCUCGUGGAAGCCAAAAUAUGGACACAUCGCGAGGAGGAGGAGGCGGCGGCGGUGGUGGUGGUGGUGGCAUGCGACGCAACCAAGGACGAGAUCGUGAUGAUGACACACCUCGAUACUUGUCGCACAACAAUAGCAGCCAUGGUGGCAAAGGUAACAGCGGAUCGGGUAGCUAUAAUAGUUUUGAUCAGCAGCAAGAUUACAACACAUACGGAUUGAGUCCAUCGUUCUUAGCUAGUUUGAACAUUGUCGGCCCUUUGCAUACCAAAGUCUUUGUUGCCAAUUUGGACUACAAGGUUGAUGCAAAGAAAUUGAAACAAGUUUUUAAAUUAGCCGGAUGCGUAAUGGAUGUCGAAUUGUCGGUUGAUAAAGAUGGUAACAGUCGAGGUUUCGCUGUCGUUGAAUACCAGCAUCCGGUUGAAGCGGUCCAAGCAAUUUCAAUGCUUGAUCACCAACUACUCUUCGAUCGUCGCAUGACUGUUCGCAUGGAUAAAAUUACGAAAGAAAAAUUGCCCGACGGUUUAGGUGGCCUCGGUAUGGGUUUGGGUCCAAAUGGUGAACCAUUGCGUAAUGUUGCAUUGAAUUUGCCAAGUCUUCAAAAUCAGAACAAUCUUGGCGUCAGUUCAAAUAAUUCGAAUGCACCCGUUCCAGUUGCACCACCACCAUCGUUUUCAUCUGCUGCAAGCGUUUUGAAUCAAACACAAAAUUCAAUGAGUAACUUGGCUGCAUUGAACAAUGUCGUUGGCAAUUUGAAUAAUUUGAAUCCCUUGUUGUCGACCUUGGGCCUCAGUUCACUUGCUACUAAUACAAAUGAUUCGUCAAAUGCCGCCGCACUUGACAUCAAUAAAAUCGUUGGAGCUGGCUCGUCAUCGGCCAAUGCCGGCUUAAAUAGUGUGGUUGGCGGCGGUGGCAGUGGAAACUUUUCAGGUCUCAGCGGUAUUGGCAGUGGCCUAAAUCAGUCGAAUCGUCUAGAAAACUCACUUUCAAACCCAUACAGCAGCAACACAUUCAACAGUAUGUCUUCAAAUCUGGGCAGUGGUCUUGGUUCGAAUGCAAACAGCGGCUUUGUGUCAAAUCGUGAUUUCGAUAUCGGCUCGGUUCGCAAUUACAAUUCGCAAUCCGAUGACUUUGGACGGUUGUCAACGCAAAACUUCAGCUCUUCCCAGCUCGGUAACGGUGCAGGCUCGAACAAUUCAAACAUUGGUGGCAACGUUCGAUCGCAAAACAUCUCAGACACAAUCUUAAUCCGAAAUUUGCCGCCAAAUUGCACAUGGCAAACAUUGAGAGACGAAUUCCGAUCAUGCGGUGAAGUGAAAUUCGCUGAAAUCCGCGGACAAGAUUGUGGUGUGGUCCGGUUUGCGAAAGAACGUGACGCUGAGUUGGCUAUAAAACUCAAAGACGGAUCACGUUUCGAUGGUCGCAAAGUUGAAGUUUCAUUCUUUUAACUGUAAUACUCACAUUUUGCAUCUCAAUUCUCGUAGAUUCAAAACUGUUUAGAAUAAUGUACAAUUUUAAAAGCGUUUCUAAGUUGAAUUCUUUCCUUGACGUGAAAUGUAUGAGAUCGAAUUUCCUGUUGUUUUUCGCAUGAUUGGGAAUGGAUCAGUAAAUGGUGUCGAAAUGCAUACAAAUGACUCGGGGUCGUGAGAUAUGAGAAUCGUUGGCUAAUUAAUCGGAAGAAAUCAAUGGAGAAAUCGGCGUUGGCGAUUUGCUUUCAUGCAUUCAUGACACGUUCAAGUUCAAUUAUUGUAUUUUACAUGUAGUUUUAGGAUUAGCAAGGAUCAGGCGUUUUACAAAAUCCCCCUCCCAACAACACAAGCUCUUUUUUUAAACUAAAAUUCAAAUCGCAUACAAUUCAACUCCAAUUUGAUUUUUAUUUGACCUAAUUGUAUGUUAAGACUUAACUUUUUGACGUUUUAUUGUAUAAUGCCUCUUCCAUGAGAAAAAGAAAACAAACAAACAAACAAACAAACAAAUCCUUUUUGGACCAAGAUAUUGUGUCAAAAGACUUUUUCACUCGGUCGAUAAAAUUGGCGAAUUAGCCAUUCGAGAUUGGGAGAUUGUCAUAAAAUUGAAUUAGUAUCCAGUUUGAAGUAGCACGGCGAUGAUGUUAUGCACUCAAUUAUUAUUUAACUAUACAACAUGUCUACAAUUGUCUGUCAGACACCAGCGGUGGAAGCAAUAGUCUUUUAAUUGUUCAUUUUUCUUCUUCUCCUCAAUAAAUAUAUUAUUAUCAUAUAAUCAAUAGAAAACAUUCAUGAUGAAACUAGAGCAGAAACAACAUAAACAUAAAAAAACAUUUUUUCCAACAAAAUCAAGAAUAAUAAAGCAAACACACACAAAACAUGAAAUAAAA